AGCCGUAGCCGCGGGCCACAGCGCCCUCGCGGGGGGCCGCCGCGCCCGGCCGCGGCCAUGGAGCGCCGCUGAUCGCCGCCGAGUGGAAGCCGCCGCCGGGAGACGAUGGCCCCGCACCAAGUCUGCUCGGUGCUGGAAGUGUUGCUAGUAACAAUCCUUGUAGUGGAAGGGAUUGCCAUUGCACAGAAGACACAAGGUGGGCAAAAUAUUGGAUUGAAUCGCAUUCCUCCUACCCAGUGCGAUAACUGGGUACGGACUAGUAAUGGAGGACACUUUGCUUCACCAAACUACCCUAACAUGUACCCACCAAAUCAAGAGUGCAUCUACAUCUUAGAAGCUGCUCCACGACAAAGAAUUGAGUUGACCUUUGACGAACCUUAUUACAUAGAACCCUCAUUUGAAUGUCGCUUUGAUCAUCUGGAGGUUCGAGAUGGACCUUUUGGCUUCUCCCCUCUCAUUGAUCGUUACUGUGGUCUGAAAAGCCCUGCAUUAAUUAGAUCAACAGGGAGAUUUAUGUGGAUCAAGUUUACUUCUGAUGAGGAGCUGGAAGGAAAGGGAUUUCAAGCAAAAUACUCAUUUAUACCAGAUCCUGACUUCACUUACCUAGGAGGCAUUUUAAAUCCCAUUCCAGACUGCCAAUUUGAGCUCUCGGGAGCUGACGGAAUAGUACGUUCCAGUCAAGUAGAGCAAGAAGAAAAAACAAAACCAGGACAAGCAGUUGACUGCAUAUGGACAAUUAAGGCUACUCCAAAUGCUAAGAUUUAUUUACGAUUUCUGGACUAUCAAAUGGAGCAUUCCAAUGAAUGCAAAAGAAAUUUUGUUGCUGUCUAUGAUGGAAGUAGUUCUAUUGAAAACCUGAAGGCAAAGUUUUGCAGCACUGUAGCAAAUGAUGUCAUGCUGCAGACUGGGACUGGCGUGGUACGAAUGUGGGCAGACGAAGGCAGUAGACUAAGCAGGUUCCGAAUGCUGUUCACUUCAUUUGUGGAUCCUCCCUGCUCAGGCAACACUUACUUCUGCCAUAGCAACAUGUGCAUCAAUAAUUCUUUAGUCUGCAAUGGCAUUCAAAACUGUGCAUACCCUUGGGAUGAAAAUCACUGCAGAGAAAGGAAAAAAGCUGGAUUGUUUGAACAAAUCACCAGAACACAUGGAACAAUCAUUGGUAUCACGUCAGGGAUAGUUUUAGUUCUUCUUAUCAUUUCAAUUCUAGUACAAAUAAAGCAACCUCGCAAAAAAGUUAUGGCUUGCAAGACUGCUUUCAAUAAAACUGGUUUCCAGGAAGUAUUUGAUCCUCCACAUUAUGAACUGUUUUCACUGAGGGACAAAGAGAUUUCUGCAGAUUUGGCAGAUUUAUCAGAAGAACUUGAAAACUAUCAGAAAAUGAGGCGCUCUUCAACAGCUUCCAGGUGCAUUCAUGACCACCACUGUGGCUCUCAAGCCUCCAAUAUAAAACAAAGCAGGACAAACCUCAGCUCCAUGGAACUUCCCUUCCGCAAUGAUUUUGCACAACCUCAGCCAAUGAAAACAUUUAAUAGCACAUUCAAGAAAAGUAGCUACACUUUCAAACAAGCGCAUGACUGCCCCGAGCAAGUCAUAGAAGACAGGGUGAUGGAGGAAAUUCCAUGUGAAAUCUAUGUUAGAGGAAGAGAAGAUACAGCACAAGGUUCGUUAUCUAUUGACUUUUAAUUUCCUAGUUAAGGUGUUAUCAGUGUACAUAGAGGACGCUUGUGUAUAAGGACAGUGUAUAUAUUAAAAGUGUAUUAUAUGCAGCGUGUGAGAUGCACACACUUUUAGGUUAUUAUACUUCAUUUGAAAAAAAAAAAAAAAGGAAAGAAAGAAAGUCUUCAUAACUAAUUUCUGCUGAAGAACAGUGGACUUCCUCCCAUCCUCCCAAGCUACCUGUCCGAUGGAGCAACAAGCCAGACUUUGCAUGGAAAUUGGAAGUUAAGGAUGUUGGGGGAAAGACAGCAACAACAACCACCACUGUCAUUGAUCAGCAAAAACAGUGACUACUACCCUUCUCUUCACAUCGUUUUCUCUUAUUUAGAUGUCUGCUUUUCAAGACAAUUUUAAUACCUCAGUUACAUAAAUAAAAGUAGUUAAGUGCACCACGUAUAUG